AUGUUACAAAUAAACGAUAAAACCAACACUAGUAAACCUAUCAGACAGACUGAACUCAAUGCUGCUGAUUAUUUAGAUAUUGAUAAUAAUACAGAUUGUUGGUAUAAUCCAGACGUCGGUGCGUCUCCGGUAGAAGAAAUUAUCACUCGAUGGGGCUAUCCUUUCGAAACGCACAACUUCACCACUGAGGAUGGAUACAUAAAUGUCUUAUAUCGUAUACCACACGAUAAUACUGACACAAAUAUUACAAGGCAGCCAAUCUUGUUACAUGGAGGUUUAGGUGGAGGACCGUUAACUUUCCUUUACAUUGGAAAUCGGUCACUAGCAUUUUUUCUAGUGGACGAAGGUUUUGAUGUUUGGCUAUCAAAUCGUAGAGGUUCUCUUAAUGGAAAAGUUCACCGUGACUAUGAAAAAACGGAUGAGCAAUUUUGGAACUUUACUUUCCAUGAAUGCGGUUUUUAUGAUAUUAAAGCUGAAAUCAAUUUAAUUGCAGACGAAAAUACAAGUCACAAAAAAAUUAUUCUUUUGGGAUUUUCUAUGGGAAGUACAGAGACGUAUAUUUACGCGAUGUUGAGAAAAAAGCACGCCAACAAUCACUUGGCUGGGAUUAUUUCGAUCAGUCCUAUAGCAUUUAUGACACGAUCGGGGGGUGUGAUAGCGAAACUAGCUCCUUUUGCAACACUAAUUGAGAGCUUCUUAAGAAAGGGUAAUCUACACGCUUUGGCGUUGACUGAAGAAGGUGCAAAAGAAGACGAAAAUUUUAGAUUAUCAUUUCCGAAAAUUGUAUUUUCCAAAUCCUUCGUUGAAUUUAUCGUAGGAAAAGAUUCGUCACAAACGGAAGCUGCCGACUUACCGGUUUACUUCAGGAGCAAAACAACCCCUACAUCAAUUAAAACGUUAAUACAUUUUUCCCAGGAAGUGAACGCUGGAGGACAUUUUCAGUAUUAUGACUACGGCAUAUCUAAAAAUUUAAACCUCUAUAAAUCAAUCCACCCUCCGUCUUAUAAUUUAUCAAAGAUAAGAGUCCCGGUACAUCUGUUCUACGGAGAAGGGGACCGUCUGUCCAGUGAGCAAGACGUUUUGAAACUUUACGAUAGUCUUACAAUGAAAAAAAAAUCCUUGACUUGCAUUCCCGAAGAUAAAAGUGUUCGUUUUAACCACGCCGACUUCACGUUGGCUAGAGAUAUCAAGGAAUUACUUUAUGAAGUGCUGCUGAAGACAAUUAGGGAGAAGCUGAGUGGGUGA